AUGCUUCGAAAGGUGUUGUGGUUUCUUGUUCUUCUUACAGUAGGAGUCUUGGCAAAUACAGAAACGUUUCUGUUUACCGUCCCAAACUACUACAACGUCCCUGUACGAACUUCUCCAUAUGUCGAUACCCAUCUUGAACAGUACAAUUCAAGUACAUGGGUUAUGUUCGAGUUUCCUAUAGUCAACGCCACGAAUUACGAUACAUCCGACAGCAUCAUAAAGCUUCCAUACGAUUUUCACUCGAAGCGCAGCCAGCGGCUUUUGGUUAAACUCAACAAUUACGCCAACCUGACAUUUGACUCCAACGAUGUGAUCAAUGUCAAGCUCUGUUGGCCAGCCACCUAUCCUUUCAACUUUGAUCUCAGCCAUACAUUUCUCCGUGCCAAAGAGUUUGGCGAGACAGACGCAGCUAAGGAUACAUUAGACAUUUACAUUGACAUUCUGAUAGAGGCUGAUUUUUUCGCCGUUGUGUCUGACUUACCUGCGUUUGUGGAGUUUAGUUUGGUUGUGUCGAAACUUCCAAACUCAUUUCCGAUCCCCAUUGAGGUGUAUAGCAUUAUUGCCUACUUGGUGGAUAUUUGCAUUUUGAUGGUGCCACUUUUCCCCUACAUUCAGAGUCUUCUUUUGAGCACAAUAUUAAAAUAG